ACUAGCGUGACAUCAGUUUUUCUCCGAACAGACCCAAAUGGAUUUUUCUUGUAUUGGACAGACCAAAAUAAGGUUCAGGAGUCAGAGCUGUUAGAUAUCAGCCUUGUCAAAGAUGCCCGGUGUGGGAAACCUGCCAGAGCUCCCAAGGAUCCAAAGCUACGUGAACAUCUCGAUGGAGGGAACGUAGGAGGACGUCUGGAAAACCGAAUGCUUACAAUUGUGUAUGGCCCUGAUUUGGUCAAUAUAUCAUACUUGAACUUAGUAGCAGCUCAGGAAGACAUUGCAAAGGAAUGGUCAGAGGAAAUCUUCAGUCUGGCAACAAACCUGCUGGCACAGAACAUGUCAAGAGAUGCUUUUCUGGAAAAAGCAUACACAAAACUUAAAUUGCAAGUGACUACAGAGGGACGUAUCCCUUUGAAAAACAUUUAUCGUUUGUUCUCCUCAGACAGAAAGCGUGUUGAGACUGCAUUGGAAGCUUGUAAUCUUCCCUCUUCCAGGAAUGAUUCCAUUCCUCAAGAUGACUUCACCCCAGAAGCAUACAGAGAAUUCUUGAGCAACCUAUGCCCACGUCCUGAAAUUGAUCACAUCUUCCUAGAGCUUGGUGCCAAGACCAGACCAUAUCUUACUGUUGACCAGAUGAUGGAAUUUAUCAAUCUGAAGCAACGAGACCCACGGUUAAAUGAAAUUCUUUAUCCACCACUGAAGCAGGAACAGGUUCAGCAACUGAUUGAAAAAUAUGAACCCAAUAAUGUUUUGGCAAAGAAAGGGCAGAUAUCAGUGGAUGGAUUUAUGAGAUAUUUGAGUGGAGAGGAAAAUGGAGUGGUUCCACCUGAAAAACUGGAUUUGAAUGAAGAUAUGGCUCAGCCUCUGUCUCACUAUUUUAUCAAUUCCUCGCACAACACCUACCUCACAGCUGGGCAGCUGGCUGGUAACUCUUCUGUUGAGAUGUAUCGCCAAGUCCUUUUGUCUGGCUGCCGCUGUGUUGAGCUGGACUGCUGGAAAGGCCGAACAGCCGAAGAAGAGCCAGUCAUUACACAUGGAUUCACCAUGACAACUGAAAUCUCCUUCAAGGAAGUAAUAGAAGCUAUUGCUGAAUGUGCAUUUAAAACAUCUCCUUUCCCCAUCCUCCUCUCUUUUGAAAAUCAUGUGGAUUCCCCCAAACAGCAGGCAAAAAUGGCAGAAUACUGCAGAUUAAUAUUUGGUGAUGCUUUGCUGAUGGAGCCCCUGGAAAAAUACCCACUUGAACGUGGUGUUCCCCUUCCAAGUCCAGCAGACCUGAUGUACAAAAUUCUGGUGAAGAAUAAAAAGAAAUCCCAAAAGUCUGCGGAUGGUACAGGAAAGAAGAAACUCUCUGAACAAGCUUCGAAUGCAUGCAGUGAUGCAUCCAGUGGAUUUGAACCCUCCUCUCCUGGAGCAGGGGAAGCAGAGAUUGAAAGCGACGAUGAUGACGAUUAUGACGAUGACUGCAAAAAAUCAUCAAUGGAGGAAGGCACAGCUGGAAGUGAAGCUAUGGCCACUGAAGAAAUGUCCAACUUGGUGAAUUACAUCCAGCCUGUGAAGUUUGAGUCCUUUGAGACCUCUCAAAAACGGAACAAGAGUUUCGAAAUGUCUUCCUUUGUGGAAACCAAAGCACUCGAGCAGCUCACAAAAUCUCCGGUUGAGUUUGUGGAGUAUAAUAAAAUGCAGCUGAGCCGAAUUUAUCCAAAAGGGACACGUGUUGAUUCCUCAAAUUAUAUGCCUCAGCUCUUCUGGAAUGCGGGCUGUCAAAUGGUUGCUCUGAACUUCCAAACUGUAGAUUUGUCUAUGCAAAUAAACAUGGGGAUGUAUGAAUAUAAUGGCAAAAGUGGGUACAGACUAAAGCCAGAAUUCAUGAGAAGACCAGACAAGCACUUUGAUCCAUUUUCUGAAGGUAUUGUAGAUGGAAUAGUAGCAAACACGUUGUCUGUGAAGAUCAUUUCUGGACAGUUACUUUCUGACAAAAAAGUUGGGACUUACGUAGAAGUGGAUAUGUUUGGUCUACCUGUGGACACAAGGCGAAAAGCUCUCAAGACCAAGACAUCACAAGGCAAUGCUGUAAAUCCUGUAUGGGAAGAAGAGGCCAUUGUAUUUAAGAAGGUUGUUUUGCCUUCUCUGGCUUGUCUGAGGAUAGCGGUGUAUGAAGAAGGAGGAAAGUUCAUUGGUCAUCGAAUAUUGCCAGUAUCAGCAAUUCGACCAGGCUAUCAUUAUAUUUGCCUGAGAAAUGAAAGAAAUCAGCCUUUAAUGUUGCCAGCCUUAUUUGUAUACAUAGAGGUUAAAGACUAUGUUCCUGAUACUUAUGCAGAUGUUAUUGAAGCAUUGUCCAACCCAAUCAGAUAUGUGAACUUGAUGGAGCAGAGAGCAAAACAGCUGGCAGCACUAACGCUGGAAGAUGAAGAAGAAGUAAAGAAAGAGGCAGAACAGGGAGAUGCACCUUCAGAAGCUCACAAUGAACCUAAGCCUGCACCAGCUGAAAAUGGAGUAAAUCAUACUGCUUCCCUCACCCCAAAACCAUCAACUCAGGUUGCUCCCAGCCAGCCAACACCAGGUUCCGUGAAAGUGCCAGCAAAAACAGAAGAUCUUAUUCAGAGUGUUCUGACUGAGGUUGAAGCACAAACGAUUGAGGAACUAAAGCAACAGAAAGCAUUUGUAAAACUUCAGAAGAAGCACUACAAAGAAAUGAAGGAUCUUGUGAAGAAACACCACAAGAAAACCACAGAUCUUAUAAAAGAGCAUACAGCAAAGUAUAAUGAAAUCCAAAAUGACUACCUGAGACGGAGGGCAGUGCUGGAGAAAACAGCAAAAAGAGACAGUAAGAAAAAAGGUGAAACUGGCAGCCCAGAUCACAGCUCAUCAACAGUUGAACAAGAGUUGGCCACCCUUGAUUCAGAAAUGAGUCAAAAGUUAAUAGAGUUGAAGGAAAAACAGCAGCAGCAGUUGCUUAAUCUUCGUCAAGAACAAUACUAUAGUGAAAAAUACCAGAAGCAAGCACAUAUUAAAUUGCUCAUUCAGAAGCUGACUGAUGUAGCAGAGGAGUGUCAGAACAAUCAGAUGAAGAAGCUUAAAGAAAUCUGUGAAAGAGAAAAGAAAGAGUUAAAGAAAAAGAUGGACAAAAAGAGACAGGAGAAAAUCACAGAAGCUAAGUCAAAGGAUAGGAGUCAAGUGGAUGAGGAGAAGACAGAAAUGAUUCGGUCAUAUAUUCAAGAGGUGGUGCAAUACAUUAAAAGGCUAGAAGAUGCCCAGAGUAAAAGGCAGGAAAGACUUGUGGAAAAACACAAAGAGAUUCGUCAGCAAAUACUGGAUGAAAAGCCCAAGUUACAGGCUGAACUUGAUCAAGAAUACCAAGACAAAUUCAAAAGACUCCCACUGGAAAUUCUGGAAUUUGUUCAAGAUGCAAUGAAAGGCAAAAUUAGCGAAGAUGGAGACCACAGCUCUACCACCUCUUCCCUCACAUCUGAUGGUGGAAAAGUGAACCAUAAAUCACUACAAAAUGAGGAGCUGGAGGAGAAUCCAGGAAAAGUAUUUGAUACACCUCUCUAACCACUCCCACAAGACCACAUUCCUAGAUUACUAUGGCAGAGAAUGUCACCACCUUACUCCCUGGAUAUUCUUCUUCUUUGUGAAUGACAAUUGGACAGCAUCACAUAUGGAAGACCUCUGUUGGGGUGGUGCACAUGUCUAAAAUGAGUGGUUGGUGAGGAAAUUAUAUGUUAUUUGUAGCCCUUCUUUGUUUUAUUAACAUAAGGAAAUAUAUUAAUUGGCCAGUGCAACCCUUUCUGUGGCCACUUUUACAAGGGUGGUUUUCCAUUUGGGUGCAGUCUGGAGCUUUCUCUGGGGACCAGAGUGUGUUGUGCAGAUGCAAGUGCACAACAGACCUUCCUGUGAAGCAGCAAUGGGGAAAAUAAAUAAUUACUCCACACACAACUAUCAUAACAUCCUUAACUUGAUGUUUCCUCUUACCUGCACUCUGGAAGCUUACCAUCUUAAUAAUUGCACUGAUUUUUUAAAAACAUGGUUCUUUAUUUUUAUGUUUGCUUUGCAAGCACUAGCGACUUGCUUUGUUGACAAUGUACCAGAGAAUGAUUCUGCUUUGAGAUGUUCUACUGAAACUGUGGUAAUGAGCCUAAGUUCCCAAACUGAAAGGUCUUCAAGGAGUAUACAUCGGUUUUAUGUAUGUUUUAUGUGUCAUGUGAGUUCACAUUAGGGAUGGAAAGACUAUUUGAAAACUGAUAGAAGAAUGGGGCUCUCAAGUCCCAUUUUCAAAUGGGAAAAUCCUGACAAGGACAAUCCUAGGGAGGUGAGAAAUUUGCAGCUCAGGACUUCAUCUGUGUGAAAAAUGUGUGUGUGUUGCACAGAAAAUGGCACUUUUUGUGCAGCAUAUAACAUUUCUGUGCAGAAUACAGAAAUAAAACAAGUUUCCUGUACAAAAAACAAAAACAAAAAAACCCAGCAUUAUCUGAACAAAGAAAGCAUGUCAUGCAAAGAAAAUACCAUUUUCUCUACAGGAAAC